CCCAAACCAAAAAGAAGUUCAUACUGUACUCGGGUAAUACUGACUAUUGCAUUUUAGAAGAGGCAAAGCUUAUGUUACUAGGGCCCUGACAUGAACAACUAGAAGCUUCUUGUCGUUGAUCGCCCUCUUAUGCUAGGUACUCCGAGCCACCGGGCUCACAGUCAGAUGCGCAGAAAUUAGCACCAUGCAGUCGACUAAUGGUGGUGGGCGAACCAAUACGAAGUGCUAUACGAAGUACUGUGACUCGCCAAUACAAGACAUUUCUUCUAUGUCCCCCACUACUCACUUUGACUCUUUUCGGAGCCGCUUUCGGUAAAAAUUUAGGCGCUACAAACAUUGUUUAGUUCCAAGCUUGAUCUUGGAGUCCAACAGUAGGCGCAAUGGCUUCGUCGAGAACGGGCGUAGAUCUGGAGAAGGAGUUGACAUGUUCUAUUUGCACCGAUAUUCUUUACCAACCCUUAACCCUCCUCGACUGCUUGCACACAUUUUGCGGCUCCUGUUUGAAGGACUGGUUCGGAUGGCAACAAAUCGUAGCAGAAAACUCGCCCAACCCUCCAACCCCGGGCUCUCAAAGGUUCACCUGCCCAUCUUGUCGUGCCUUCGUUCGUGAUACUCGCCACAAUGCCACCGUCAACACCUUGCUCGAAAUGUUCCUGGCCGCGAACCCGGACAAGGCUCGGGCGGAGGACGAGAAGGAGGAAAUGCGUCAGAAAUACAAGCCAGGAGAUAAUGUCCUACCGCGGGUGCGCGUACCUUACAAAUCGCCCGAGGAGAGGCGGCUAGAGGAAAUGGAGAGGCAAAUGUUGGAAGAGGCGCGCCAGAUGAGCCUGCACGAUGCCGGUGUCGAUGCGGCAGAGUCCUCUAGGGCGGGGCGGCAUCGUGAUUAUAACCGGUCCGAAGAUAGGAGGGGUAGGUCGGACAGAGACAGCAGCCGGGAGACCCGGCGUCGGGAUACGCACGAUCGCGCUCGGAGAGAUGAUGAGCACAGACGUCGGGUUGAUUCGACCGGCAUGUUGCAACCUGACUUGUCUUCGGAUGAACAGCGACGUCAUCGCAGCGAAUCACGGCAUCGUUCGCGUGAUUCAUCCCAAAUCAGGAGGAGACAAGUAGAACACCAGUCAUCCAUAAGGUCGCUGAUUAGCUCAUCCAAUGUCGAUUUUCGGGAUAUAGAACGAGAAAUAGAAGAGUUUGCUCGUCAAAUCCAAGAAGAAGGCCUCCUAGAUGGUUUAGACCUAGACAACAUCGACCUAGCCCAAAAUGACGACCUGAGUCGAAAGAUCACGGAUGCAUAUCGACGGAGGCAGAGGGAACGAGCCCGCGCCCACCAGACUAUCCAACAACCUAGGAUGAGUGAUCCCGGCAUCACAUCUCACCGACCUGAACAAACACCUUCUGCGUCACGACCUCUCUUGACGGACGCAUCCCGACCUAGUAGUCGACCAAGGUCAAGUUCAGCAACUAGUAGACCGCACACUAGUCAAAGUCAGGUGGACGAUCGCAGUCGUCCUCCUAUCACGACAUCGCACCUCGAAGUCCGCGCAGAUCCAGAAAGGCGACACAGGAGGAGGACUUCCAGCGGUGCAAGGAGUGCAACAGAUCCUGUUCGACCAAGGACGGCCGAUACUACUCCAGCAGCAAGGUCGCAGACGGACUUGGUUUCUAGACCGCAAACGUCCGAUCCAUCGUCUCGUCGCCCUUCCAUUACAGAUUCAAGAAGCACCAGCAUGCCUACGUCGGCCUCGGCUGUCCAGUUAACAUCAACCGCUUCAAUUAAUGAUCAUCGGCCCAGAGAUCUUUCAUUCAGUGGGCGGGCAUCUGCUGCUCAGAUUCCAUCAGCGCCUUCUCCGGAAAUCCAGUCCGAUGAUUCUAAUAAAGAACGCCCUAAGCGAGCGCGACGGCCAUCAAGUCUUGUAGUCGCGCCGCAAACCCCCCUGCCUAGCCUUGGACUCAUAUCAUCGCCUACACAUCAAACACAUCAUCACCGAACACGAUCUCAAUUUUAUCAGGAGCCCUCCAUCACGUGCUCACGUUGCAGGCGGCCCCAUAUUGAAUACGAGCUUCAUUACAACUGUUCAAAGUGCGCCAACGGUCAAUGGAAUAUCUGCUUGAGUUGCUAUCGAAGUGGGAAAGGCUGUAAUCAUUGGUUUGGUUUCGGAUAUGCGGCCUUCAAAAACUGGGAAAGAGCUCGAGCAGGCGAUCAUGAGAACUUGGAACCACCACACAUGCUGACCUCGUGUCGAUACAGACAACCUAAAUAUGUGCCCGGGGGAGCGGAAGGACGAAGGACGGUCACGACGGAUGAUCCGAUGAACCGCUUAGAGAGUGGCAUGUUCUGUUCACGAUGUUUCUCCUGGGCUAACGAAUGCUUUUGGCGGUGCGAAUCGUGCAACGAGGGCGACUGGGGUUUCUGUAACAACUGCGUGAACACGGGCAAGUGCUGCACCCAUCCGCUUCUUCCUCUGACCUAUGUCGCACCCGUGUCGACCCCUCAUACUCCGCCGACCAGUCCUCGCAUACCGAAAAGGCCACGAGGAGCCACACUAUUCACAGGACCCAACGCCGUUAACCUUGGGAGUUUCAAGUCACUUACGUUUACGACGACGUGCGAGAUUUGCCGGGAAGCUAUUCUACCUCAUCAUCGCAGGUACCACUGCCCAGAGUGUAUCAGCACGGCCGUUCCAGACGCACAGAAAGGCGAUUAUGAAAUUUGUGUAGAUUGUUACGCAAGUGCAGUCCAUAACAAGCGCAUAUCUGACGAGAAUGGCCACGCGGGAUGGAGACGCUGCCUGAAGGGCCACAGGAUGGGUAUGGUCGGGUUCACGGAGGGCUCGCUCGGACAAAGACGCAGCAUAUUCCGGGAUAUAGUGGGCGGCCGGAACCUACGUAUGGAAUCCUACGAGGGCACUGCCAGUCCGAGCGAGGAGGAGCCCCGGCGAGGAGAAUCGCAUUUACAAAGAUGGAGCUGGAAGACGGAGAACGGAGCGAGACUCGAAAAGUUCGUCGCCGCAGACGUGGCUGAUACGGCGCCUUCGUUGGGUACGGAGCUCUUCCCUCCAGAUGGGGGAGCGGGUCUCAAGGCAAUCGCGAGAUGGUCUUGGUACCCGAAAGCAGGUACCGUAGACGAAUUGCUAUUCCCCAAGGGGUCAGAAGUAAGAGAAGUGGAAGACGUGAACGGGGAGUGGCUGUUCGGCAGCUACAUGGGUGCCGAGGGUUUGUUUCCCGCCCCCUACGUAAGGAUUAUCGAGUAGCAACGUUACGAAGGCUUCGACGCUGAGUAGUGAGAAAUAUUGAACAUUAUAAGGAUGGGAUCUACAACUAUGUUUCUUGCAUUUAUUUAUACGUAAGGUAUGCAUGGAUAUGGAUGGGGAUAUGAGAUAUGCGGAUGAGGAGUUUGAUGAUACCUAGCUCGCUGCGCAAUUUACCUAUAUAUGGAUGUAUAUACUUACGAUCGCUGAUUGUUGGUGGUUGAGACUUCGUGCCGUUUGGAUAACUCGCCUGAAAUCCACGAGUAUAUGUGAGCAAUAAGAAUACCAUGAAUUUAUGUUUAGUUUCG